AAAAAAAAAGGCCUCAGGGAGGGGGGAAGAAAAGGUGGAGGCGAUGCCGCCACUGACGCGGCUGCUUGAGUCUGAGCCUCAGGCGGCGGCGAAGGCGGGGCGACUGGCGUGGUUUCGCCUUGGCACCCCGCAGGCAGGGGCUGUGCGUGUCCGAGCAGCGCGGGAGGGCGCCCGGAGCUUCUGGGCUCCCAGCGCGGGGAUGGAGAUGGCCCUGGCCGUCUAGGGCAGGUGGCGUUCGCUCGAGAGGGAAGCGGCUUUUAAACAUACCAAGGAAGAAUCCAACAGAUGAAUACCUAGGUGCCAUGAUGAAUGAGGCUCUAGACCCCAUUAACUUCACCAUGUUCCUCACGAUAUUUGGAGAGACGUUAAAUGGCACAGACCCAGAAGAUGUAAACAGAAAUGCUUUUGCUUGUUUUGAUGAGGAAGCAACAGGGUUUAUUCAAGAAGACUACCUGAGAGAGCUGCUGACAACUAUGGGAGACAGGUUUACAGAUGAAGAGGUAGAUGAGCUACCUCUCAGAGAGAGAGAGGUGCCAAUUGACAAAAAGGGGUAUUUCAACUACAUUGAGUUCACAUGUAUCCUUAAAUAUGGAGCAAAAGAUAAGGAUUAUUGAGCAAAUCUCUGGAUGCUGGCAGACAGCUUUUUAUUUUCCAUUUACUUUGUUUCUCAGGGUUUGUUUUUUCUUUAUUCCUGUUAGAGCAUUUUGCAUGCAUUUUUAGCAUUUCAGCUCUUCUAUGGACUCUGAAGCUGCUCAGGCAUACCUGCACCUCUGUGUUAAGACUGGAAAUGGACAGGGAGAUGGGAUGGCUUACAGUGAUAGAGGUUUAGGGACAAAUAUCAAUGAAUGUAAAGACUCAAGUAAAAAUGUUAGUGUUAGCUAGAUUUUUACAUUUUGUGGUAUUUUUUCAAAUAAAAAGCUUAUAUUAAGUAUAUCAUUAAACCUUUUCUUACUAGAAGUGGACUGUUUAUAUAAUCAUAUCUGUACACACUUUUGCAAGUGGAUACGAUCAUGAUGUUAUCUAUUUUUGCAUUAGAAAAUGAAGUGUAAGUUAUUUAAGCAUACUGUAUUGCAGUAAUUGUGUACUUCACUUACUAUUGUGAUAGGCUAUAAAAUAAUGAAAAAUCUCAAUGAUUCAAAUUUUAGUACAUUGUAAGUUAAUGGUUUUUGUCCUAGACUUGCACAUUUAAAUUUUAAAAAUCCUAUAGAUGUAAUUCAGGUGGUAUUUUACCAUCUUUACUUACCAUUUCUUGACACUGAGUACCAUAUUGAUACUGCUUUUUAAAAACUUAUAUGAAAAAUCCAAGUAUUUCCUUAAAAAAAGAAAUUGUGUAUGAGUAGAGUGUGAGUGAUACUUUUUUCCAGAUCUGCAGCCUUGACAAUAUAGAAUUCAUUCAAUUUAUUUGCAGACAUUUUUUCUUUCCUCUUCCUAUUUUUUCUCAAAAUGAAGUGAGAAUGGGGCUUGAGGAAGAAGGAAGGUGUGUUGCUUUAUUUGUAUUCUUGCUUUCCAAAUGAAACAAUACACAAUUUAUUUUUAAGAGCUUCUC